AUGGUACUCAUUUUUCAACACUCUCCCUCUCUCCCUCUCUCUCUCUUUCUCUCUCUCUCUCUGUCUGACAUCUAUACACGUAUACGCACACACGUAUAUAUUUACUUUUUGUUAUCUGUCUGUUUUUCUAUAUAUCUAUCUAUCUCAGUUCGUUACUAUAUCUAUAUCUUAUAUGUACCUAUACAUGUAUUAAUUUUAUAUAUUUUAUUUUGGCUAUCUAUCUAUCUAUCUAUCUAUCUAUCUAUCUAUCUAUCUAUCUCAAUGUAUUCAUUAUCUAUCUAUAUAUCUAUCUAUCUCAAUUUAUUCAUUAUCUAUCUAUCUAUCUAUCUAUCUAUCUAUCUAUCUAUCUAUCUCAAUGUAUUCAUUAUCUAUCUAUCUAUCUAUCUAUCUAUCUAUCUAUUAUGGUCCAGUUACUUGUACCACUGUGAUAGUCCAAGUCCUAUAACACUAUCUAUUUUAUCUAUCUAUCUAUCUGAAUGUAUUCAUUAUCUAUCUAUCUAUCUAUCUAUCUAUCUAUCUCAAUCCUUUUCUAUCUCUUUAUCUUAUAUCUGCCUCUAUAUGUAUUCCUUUUUAUUAUAUUUCCUUUGUGCUGUCUGCUUGUCUGUCAUUCUAUCUAUCUAUCUAUCUAUCUAUCUAUCUAUCUAUCUAUCUAUCUAUCUAUCUAUCUAUCUAUCUAUCUAUCUAUCUCAGUUCGUUUUUUAUCUCUAUUCUCUCUGUCUGUGUGUCUCUGUCUCUCUUUGUUUGCCUCUCUCACUCUCUCUCUCUCACUCUCUCUCUCUCUAUCUCAAUCAUCUAAUAUGUCUCUCUCGAUCAGCUAAUAUCUAUCUAUCUAUCUAUAUCAAUCAUUUAAUAUCUCUCUCUCUCUCUCAAUCAGCUAAUAUCUAUCUAUCUAUCUAUCUAUCUAUCUAUCUAAAUCAAUGCUUAAAAUCUCCAAAUGACGCUCACCACGAUGCUACGAUCUAUCUAUCUAUCUAUCUAUCUAUCUAUCUAUCUAUCUCUCUCUCUCUCUCUCUCUCUAUAUAUAUAUAUAUAUAUAUAUAUAAGCAAGUGUAA